AUAACGUUGUUUUGAUCAUCAGAUCGUCUCAAUGUUUUUCGUCAGCUUUGUGAUGUGUGAUGUGGAUCUUGAUUGAUCUGAAAUCUGGAUCGAUAUUUUCGAGAAUUCUUUUCUUUUUUUUUGUUGAAAUCUUCUUGAAGAUAUGAUUUGAUUUCAUUAAAGAAAUAAAAAUUCAUAAAAAAGUAAACAAUGAAACCAAUCGAUCUGUAUGUGGCACCACCAUCACCAACAUCGAGGGCCGUAAUUAUUGCCGCUCGUUAUAUGCAUAUUAAUGUCAAAUUAAUCAUUAUCGAUCUGAUGAAAGGUGAACAAAAAGAAGAUUGGUUUGUUAAAAUGAAUCCACAACAUUGUUUACCUACCAUCAAUGAUAAUGGUUUUAUUCUCUGGGAAAGCCGUGCUAUUAUGACGUAUAUGGCAAAUAAAUAUGCACCAAAUAAUCCAAUAUAUCCUAUGGAUCCAAAACAACGUGGCCGCGUCGAUUGUUUACUACAAUAUGAUCUAAAUGUAUUGAAUCGUGCAAUCACUGAUCUAAUGAUACCAUUACGACGAUCUAAUAAAAUGAAUCAAAAAAAUAAUCAACGACAAUCAUCAACAAAAUUUUUGAAUACAAUCAAAGAACGUAAAGUUAAUGAAGCACUUGAAUAUCUAGAAUCAAUAUUGAUCAACAAUCAUUAUCUAAUUGAUAAUCAUUUAACAUUGGCCGAUUUUUCUGUUUAUUGUAGUUUAGAAUUUGCUGAAAAAUAUCAUUAUAAUUUAUCACGUUAUCAGAAUUUGCAUCAAUAUUUUGAACGAUUGAAACAAAUACUUUGUGGAUUAUUGUAUUUUCCUAAUGACAAUAUUGGCAAUUUAGAUACAAGAUGGAUUCAAUUGAAUAAUGAUAAUAAUCAUAAUAAUAAUAACAAUGAUGGUAAUAAUGACCAUCAUCAUCGAUAUGAACAUCAACAACAACAACAACCAUUAUCAUCGAAUAAUAAUUAUCUUCUCUAUGAUGAUAAUCGUAAUAAUCAAUUAACAUUCGAAUCGACGACAGCGACAUCAACAGCGAAUUUCGAUUUCAAUCUAAACAGUAAUAAUAAUAAUAAUAACAAUAAUAAUGGCCAUAAUUAAAAGAUUUUGAUAUUAA